AUUUUUGCCCCUUUUGUUUUGUUCCCUUAUACUGCUUUAUAAAAAAUCAACGUGCUGGAGUUCAACCUUAUUUUCAAGGUAAAAAGUUAAAAACAAUACACCGGGAACAUGCCAUCCAAAUCAAAACCGCGACUGUCGCGUGGUGUCCUGGACAUGAAGUUCAUGCAGCGCACCAAGGUUAAAGUGGAAAAGGAGGCGGACGAUGAGCAAAGUCGAGCACUGUACUCCAAUGAGAUCAACCAGAAGAUGCUCAAUUCCAGCUCGAACUUCUUGGUGGAAUCUAGUUACUCUAUAUGCGCUGGCCUGGUCGACGGACGCCUUAGUUUCCGGGGCAUGAAUCCGGAACUGGAGCUGCUAAUGGAACAGGAGCUGGCGGAGAAACAGGGCCGCACGAAGCCGGAGCAGCCCAAGGAAGUGUCCGACCAGGACAUGGUCAAGGCCUACUACGCCAACAAGGCGCCCACGGUGAGCGGCAGCAUGGGCAAAAAGUUCAGCACCAAGAAGGACUUCAAAAGGAAGCAGAAUGGCGACGAGAGUGGGAAUAAGCAUCCCAAAAAGAAGCAGCAAUUCAAGAAACCACGCUCGGAUGACGAUUAGUUUACUCCUUAGUUGUUACACACUGACCUAGCUAAUAGUAAAAUAAAAUAUACGAAUUCAA